CCUCUCUAGUGUCAUGAUGAGGUUCAGGUAAAGCACGGUUAAUGUAUUAUAUUAUUGAGGGACAAUUGUCCGGGGCCACAGAAAUAACAUUCGGGGCGUGCAUUGGGGGUGCUUAGGGGGUGCUAUCACUAGAAGGACCAAUUAUGUUUGGAAAAUAUCACUCGACAUCAGGUUGAGCACAGUGGCAGAUUUAGGAUUGUAGGAGAUCCGGGACUAUUGUCGGACACUUUCUUUGCUUUACCCCGGUUCUAUCACUCUUUCCUCCUUUGACCAUAAAACGUCUUUCCUGCUGGGGUACUGCCUGGUUCCGGGUCACCCCAAACCCUCUCAUGGUCGGGGCACCAUUAAUUGAUGCAUCGGACCCAAUUUUGCCAUCACCAGCCCCGCGUUUGUGCGGAGGUGGGACCAUUUAACCCGGUGGUAACCCAAGUUUGCAUUGAAGCAUCGGACCCAUUGUCGCAAUCACCGGUUACGCUAACGCAUAUAAACGGAGAAACAGAAAAUAAUUUAAAUACAAUUCAUUGUGUGUGUUUUAGUAAGGAUGUUGUCCGAAUGCCCGGUGUGCAGACUCUUCUAUCUGGCGUUGAAUAAGCACCUUAAGCACAAACAUGCAGUGCGGAACCUGGAGGAAAGAGGCAUCAUUCUUAAAAUGGCCAGUGGUAGAAUAAAUGUUCGGACCAAACCCUGUCCCAUCACAGGGUGUUCGUAUGCUGGGAAGAGACUACACCGUCAUGUAACUCAUGACCACCCUGAGUUCUCCCGAGAUGAGGCACAUCAGGUCAUGGCAAGGCUGAAGCAUAGUGUGGCCAUGCAGUUGCUCCAUGACCUCCGAGAGACUAAUCUCAUCAUUGGAAUGGCUACAUUAUUGGAUAUAGACAACGAGGAGGAAUACCCGGUGCACCCUCCACCCUUCUCCCCACAUACCGAGUGUGACGAAGAGGACUGCAGGCAGGUGAGGCUGGAAAAUGUGGCAUUGAGGGCUCAGAAGGAUGCCCUCAUUGAUGAGGUGAAGACCCUGCGCUCCAGGCUGAAAAAGGGGCUAAAACCCAGGAAGCAGAGUGCCACUGCUGCUCUGCUUGAGGAAGAGGAAGAAUGUAUACGAUUUAAGGGCCUGGCAAUCUCAAGUACCCCCGGCAUGAACACAGUAGCCUCCGGCAAGUAUACCCCUCUCAAGACCCCGGUCAAGACUGUCAUGCAUUCACCAGAAGCCUCCGGCAGCAAUACCCCUCUCAAGACCCCGGUCAAGACUGUCGGUCCCCAGAAGCCUCCGGUAGUGAGACCCCUCUCAAGACCCCGGCCAAGACUGUCAUGCGGUCCGCAGAAGCCUCCGGUAGUGAGACCCCUGUAUGCCAGAAGACCCGUGCGUCUGUCUACAAUAAGCUGAAAGCUAAUCUGGCUAAGGACUGGCCCUUCCCCCCAAAUCACUGGUCCACUGGGAAGGGAUGGGGGAAUACCAUGCGUGAAAUCACGUUGCCUAAAAGCAUGGAGAUGUACAUUCAGACAUACAGAGGUCAUUGUGAGGGUCUCGCACCGACAGUAAAACGGAAAGAGAAUUGUAUGUCCAAUGUCAGCCGGAUAAAGGACUUCCUAGUAUUCAUGGCCCAUGGUGUUGACCGGCUGUCAGACUGGCUGUUUCUAAAAGACACAAAGAGGGUCCGUGGCUGGAGCGAGUAUAUUUCAAAGUCGGGCCGGGCAGUCACAACAUCGCUGUUGCUCCUGAAGAAUGUGAACCAUUUCCUGAGGUACUU